GAACGACUGUGGUGCAUGGCGAGGAAAUUCGAAGUCUCGUCACAGUUCGCAUGCCUGGCCGUGCCCCACUUCAGCAGCCACCAACAGCCCCACACGCAGACCUGACGAAUGACCUCAUCCAUUCUUGCCUGCUUCUGGCAGUCGGCACCACUUCUAAGUCUCCCAUGCUUGCAUGGAAAACACGCCCCACAUCGGAGCUUUGUCCUCUCCCGCGAAAGUUCUCACUUUCAGCGUUUCUUCCGGGUGCAGCAAACGGGGGAAGAUCCAGCGACUCGUUCACGUCUUCGACCAUCGACGAUCAGCAAAAUACUGCUCGUCCGUUCGGGACGCUUAUCCGUGCGGCAAAAGAUGGGGCCAGCGGCUGCGUUGAGGCGAAGAAGAAGAAGAAGGGCGAUAGCAGGUCCGUGACAGGACAUCUGGGGUCUAGAAACUUGCCUGACCUCUUUCUUCUCGAACAUUUUUCCCACGCCAGCAGUUCCAGAGCAAUU